UUGAAUAUGCCAUUCCCAAAUAUAAUAUUAAAAGUGUGUAGGCCUAUCUGAAAUUGUGUAGCCUAUUGAAAUCGCCUCCGCUCCAGGAGAUGGCAGUGUCAGUGUGAGUCGUGUUGUGUGACUUUGCGAGAAACACGGAUAAACAAGGAAAUCCUACGCAUUUUGUAGCUUUUUUAUUUUGAAAUCGAAGGGCAAGUGCUUAUGUGCUUACUACAGUCAAAAGUGCAAAAUGACUACCACUACAUUUCAAACACAGAUAACGGCUAUAAUGGAUGUUUUGUCUAAAGCUGCUAUAGCAGAAAUAAGCAAACUCGUUGAAGAUGACCAUGUAGUAAUAAGACUGGAGAUGUGUCGAAGGGAAAAUGAGAUCCAGACUCUGAAGAAGCGUUUAUUUUUGACAGAGAGGGACCUCAGGAAAGCCCAACUAGCAGCCAUACGCGUUAUUCCAGAAAGAGUGUCCAUUGGUGUCCAAGCCGAGAGUCCUGCUCAAGAAUAUCCAGUAGUGAAUACGCACGAAACCACCCCUAAAGAGGAAAAACAUCCAGUAGAGGACCCUAUCACCCUGCAUUUACACGAAGAGGACGGACAGAUGUUGCAUAAUCUGUCUGAACCAAGUGAGGAUGUGAGGGAGGCGGAUAUAACACUGAAGAGUGAGCCUGAGGAAGUCCAGGUCAACCCCAUAGCCCUUCCCUCAGACUGUGACUAUCGGUCAAAUGCCUUAAACCCGCAGUCUGGUAGUGACAACCAUAUAGGCCUACAGUCCUGGGCAAGCUUUGAUGAAACAACAGGCAGAGUAGAUGAUGAUGAUCCAGGCUGCUCUUACAAUAAUGAGCCAAACAUCUCUGCAGAAGCCAACUUGUUCUGUACAACAACCAGCAAUGAGGACGGUUCUCGGGGGUUUCCAGAGGAUUUUCACCUUGAGCUGUUUAAUUCUGUAUCCAUAAAAGAAGAGGCUGUGUGCAUAUCUGCCUCUCAGAACAUGCAUGAUUCCGUUGCCCAAGCAAAAGCUGUGCAUCCUCCACGAGAGACGGCGGACAUGAGUGUAGUGCAUCCACAUGCACAUUCUGUCCCAAGAACAGAGAAGGCCACCAGCUCUUACGCCCUCAACAUGGUCUCACUGCCCACAGCAGCAGCAGCUCCUCAGGGGAGACACACAUUCACACAUACAGACUCACAAACACAUCCGAUACACACAGUCUUAGGCCCUCACAUGCAUUCCACACAGGCCCCUCAUUCACAGGCACCCUCCAGCUCACAUGUUCAUCCACCUUACACACAUGGACUCCCACAAAGUCGUCACCAUGCCGUAAGACCCAGGACUCCGGGCCUUCUACACCGGCGAGGUAGCAUGGUCAGUGCCGGCUCCCAUCACCGCGGUAGCAUGGUGAGUGCCGGCUCCCACCACCGCGUCUUCAUUUGCUCACUGUGCGGCAAGAGCUACCCCAGGUUUUGUCAGCUGGAAGCUCACCAGCGCAGCCACACAGGAAUCAAACCUUACCGUUGUAUGGAGUGUGGCAAGCGGUUCACCCAGAAGACGCGUCUAAAGACACACCAAAGUGUGCACACUGGGGAGAGGCCCUUCAGCUGCAGGUUGUGUGGAAAGCGGUUUAACCGCCAGGACAAUUGUCUGCGGCACGAGAGGUUUCACCGGGCCAGGAACCCUUCCUCCAGACUCAGCAUGGGAAGAGGUCUAUCAAGCUGAGUAGGGCUCACCCAUGCCAGGGCAGCGGCAGAACUAUUUUUUCUGUUUUUAAAUGACAAGUCAUGUCCAAGUCAUGAAAUUGUAAAAAAUGUUAAAACCCGGUUAUGGGAAAGACGGGCUUUUUGUUGUUGUUCAUACUGCACACAUUCAGUCUCCAGUGUUCCAUUAAGACAGGUUUGAGGAACCUUUUUCAUUCGAGGGGCCACUUCAAAUUCCUCCAAGGGCCCUACUAUGAACACAAACCAGGAUUUCCCCCUGCACUUUAGACCUAUAUUGAAGGAAGCCACCUUUAAAAUAGACCCCGCCUUCUCUUGGUCCCCUGAAUUGUAUUGCAAAUGUAACUUCUAAGAUUCCUUUACAAAACAUGUCAUAUUUCAUGUUAAUCUGAAUAACAUUAAAAUUAUAUCAGGGGCCAGAUAAGACUGCCUCAAGGGCCAUAAACGGCCCUCGAGACAUAGGUUCCCCACUCCUGCAAUAAGACAUGAUGGGUGCUAACCAACCAUUGUUUGAAACUUUACUGUUAUGUGAACAGAAGUGUAACAUAACAUUACAUUAAGAAUAAAGAAUAAUGUAAACAUGUA